AAAAAAAAGCCAAACGUCAUAUAAGGUUAUUUUGUAAUAUUUACAUCUGUUUACUUAAAAUCAACAAAAACCCAAAUUAUUAAUAUGACAAUUAAUUUAAUUUAAAUUAAAACUCAAAAUAAUGGAUCCAUAUCUAAUAGAAGUCAAUUCGAUCGACGGUUUUUGGCCCUUUUUACAAAGCAUUGAAUGGAGGGAUCCGUGGCUUAUUGCUUUGAUAUUGUUUCAUGUUACCGUAUUACUCACAGCAGUUUUGACAAGGAAUUAUGGAAACUUUCAAGUUGUACUCUUUUUCCUCCUGUUACUGAUGGUAUAUUUCUCAGAGCAAUUAAACGCCUAUGCAGCCCUCAAUUGGAAAGUAUUUUCUCGACAGCAAUACUUUGAUAGUAAAGGGCUAUUUAUUUCUGUCGUGUUUUCAGUUCCGAUACUUUUGAACUGCAUGCUGAUGGUUGGAAGCUGGCUGUACCAAUCGACCCAACUAAUGACGAAACUCAAGAGAGCUCAAUUGCAUGAGAAUCUACGCAAACAGAACAGUAACAAGUCUAAGAAGGUUGAUUAGCGUUUGUUUAAAAAUAUAUAUAAUAUGCUGUUUCACGAUAGAUAGCCUAUUCCACAUUUACUAGCAUAAUAAUCAGUGUAUGUUAUUACCAAGGUGUACGCGAUGAUUUUAUUAUCAGCUUAAAGUUUUUAUACUGCUGGUUAAUUUGUGAUAACAAAAUUUCUUUACGGUUUUACAAAGUUAUUCUAACAUGCAAAAUUCUAGUAUUAUAUUUAUCCCAGUUAGAAUAUAAUUGGUGAAAUUUUAUCAACCCACCUACUUAAAUUUAGCUUAAAAUAAUUCCACAAAUUACUUACAGUAUAGAAAAAAGUUUAUUGUGAUUGAUUCGAUACAAGAAAAGUGCCAUAGGGUUAAGAAAAUAAAAUAAGUGCAAAAGAAGUCUUGGAUUAUGAUUUGAUAAGACGGAUGGAAGGUAUAAAUUCAAAAACCAAAGUCAUAGAUUUAGAAUAAUUAGCGGUGUAUAUUUUUUUAUCAAUGUUGUAUAUAAAUAUAAUUUAUGUUGUACUUACA